UGGCUGGAGAGGCCCCCGGAGUGCAGUAUUUUCUCUGUUGCUGCGCUUGGAAAUCCCCCAAAUUCCCUCUAAUGACCUUGGAUGUGGCCUUUGACCUGGCGGACAUGGAGACAGGCGCGGCGCGGAGACAAAUUCGGGCGCAAAAGCAAGCGAGCGCGGCGCUCCUAUAAUAAGCUGAUCGACGGCGCGCGCGAUCUCAUCUGCCUGCUCAGAUCGGAUGCCCUCCAGCCGUUCGCCUUUUUGAGACGCGCCCCGCCGCCACCACCCUUUGUCCCAACCCACCAUGAUGUCCUUCCACGACCCGUACCAGCACCCCGCCCCCUCGUCCUCCGCCGCCGCCUGGCGCGCCUUCCCCUACGACGACCACGCAUCUCUCGACCACCCCUCCCUCGACCACCACCCCCAUCCCCUCGACCACCGGACCCUCGUCCUCCCCCAGGUCCCGCACAUCCCCCGCCAGCCGGCCGGGUUCGCCGACGACCACCAUCCUCAGCACGACAACCCCCAGCUCCGCGGCGACUUCUACUACGACGGCGAGUACGCGUAUCAGCCCCAGCAGCGCCACACGCAGCACUCGCUCUUCGCCGCGCCUGCGCACUUUGACGCGCUGCACAUGGGCCACGCGCAGCCACAGGGCUGGGCGCCGGGGCCGGAGCAGUCGUUCCGGGCCUCUGAACAGUCAUUCCGUGCUUCUGAGCAAAGGCUUCGCCCCUCUGAGCACUUCCGCCCCUCUGAUCACCCGUUCCCCACCGCCUUCCCCCCCUUCGACGGCUUCCCCGCGGGCUCCUCGCACCCCCCGCCGCGCCUCGAGCCCCCCUCGCUGCACCCGACGUCGCGCACGCUGGGGGGAUCGUCCAGCCUCUCCCUAGGGGGAUCGUCCAGCCUCACCCUAGGGGGUCCGCUAGACGGCCCCGGGGGUGGCAUCUUCUACCGAUCGCCCGAGCACCCGCGCCUGCGCACCGCGCAGGCGUGCGAGAAGUGUAGAGUGAGGAAAGCAAAGUGUUCCGGCGACCACCCGUCCUGCAAGCGUUGCCAGGCGCGCGGCCUCGCGUGCGAGUACGCGAAGGAGGGCCGCACGCGCGGGCCGAACAAGACGAAGAAGCAGCAGGCGGCGGAGGCGGCGCGGGCGGCGUCGACGACGUCGAAUAGUCAGUCGACGACGUCGAAUAGUCAGUCGAGGGCGUCGAACAGCCAGCCGAGGGCGUCCUCGACCUCGUCGGAAGGAAAGGGCGCGGCGAAUGCUCACCAGCCCGAGUCCCAUGCCGACAUGUCGCGCGCGGCGUCGACGAAGCCGCCAACGCCGCCCGACAUGGUCUCGCACCUGCAGAAGGAGGUGAACAAGCGGAUGUCGCUUCCGACCCUGCCCAGGCCGCAUCGGUUAUCCCUCUCUAUGGGCGAACAUCGUGGGGGCUCGCGCCCGCGGCCGCCCGAUCUGCGAUUGGAGACGCAGUCGUUGCUGUAUCGGUUGGAGAGCGAGGGGCACCACUCUGCGGUGGCUGGCCACCAUUCCGCCAUCGAUGGAGUCGGACGUCAUCACGACGGCUUGCAGCACACCGCGCGACAUGGCGAGACCAACGGACGUUAUCACGACGACCACACCCCCCGCCGCCACGGGCACAGCCUGAGCGCGGACGCGGUGAGCCCGGGGCUGACGCCGCGGUAUCCGAGUUUGGGCCAGGGAGGGGUGAGCGCGCAGAUGGGGUCGUCGGCGUCGAUGUCGAUGUCGGGGAUGGGCUCGGCGCUGACAUCCGCGAGACAGAGCCGGGAGGGAUCGUAUGAUGGAAGCCAGGGCGCAUAUAACGAAGGAGGAAGGGCCUCCUUCGACGACGGCACCCGAGGCUUUGACGACGGCACCCGAGGCUUUGACGACGGCUCGUACGAUGGGAGCAGCUGCUCGUCCGAAGGAAGAGGGAUGUAUGCAUCCGCGCCCGACGCUGAGAUGUAUGCGUCCGCGCCGGAGGCCUUUUCGCACGAGGGUAGCGCGACGUACUCGCACGAGGGGAGCGCGACGUACUCGCACGAGGGCAGCGCGACGUACUCGCACGAGGGCAGCGCGACGUACUCGCGCGGCGGCAGCGGGACAAGCUCGUAGUACGUCAUUGGUCAUGUAUGCGCGGCGACGACGAGGAAGACUAAUUAUUUGCUUGCUUGCUGCUCUCCUCAUCGCCCUCGACGAUUGUUCCUCCCAUCAUCAUCACUUCCUCCUCUCUACCCGUACUCUCCCCCUCGCAUCAUCAUCAUCUCCCCCUCGCCCGAUCACCUCCCCAAUCGCCUCGCCCUCUCACUCCUCCGAAAACUACAAAAACAACCACCUCCCCUCCCACCAGCUCGUCCUCCCUGCGCUCACCAAUCGACUCGCCGGGCGCACUGGGCCACCCGGCGCUGGCGUCGGGGAUGGUCUCGCCCGCAG